AUGAACCCAGUACCACUGGUAUUGACGUUAAUGUUAUCGAGCUAACAGAACAAAAUGCGGAAGAUCCCUGGGAAACGAUAGAAGAGAAGUUUCUGACCAGUGAAAGCGAGGCAAAUACUGUGUUAUACAAAAAAACUGUCGAGUGUAUUGAUAGCGGGCGUCAGACGACUUCAGAAGAAUUAGUGAAGCCAGUGAAUAGAAGGAAAUUAGUAGGAGAAGAAGAAAUUUUCAAAAUCAAAUCGCAGAGGUCCACUGAACACGACCAGGGAACCGAGUACCUUCAUACACGAGUUCGGAGGAACUUAGAAAGGGAUGCGCCAGAACCAUUGAAGCCAGUGAUGCCGGUGAAGCCGUUGCCAGUGAAGGCACUAUCAACAAAAGAAGUCUCCUUAAUCAAAUUGCAAAGAUCCACUGAACACGAUCAGAACGAAGUUCUUCGGGUAUUUGUAAUUGACUUUGCUGGACAAUCAAUCUAUUACGAUACCCAUGGCUGCUUUGUGAAACCGCAUUGCCCUUGUGUUUUGGUUCAUGACGUUUCUCUGGUGUUUGAUGAACCCGCCGUUCCCAGGUUUAAAGCAAGUGAGGAAGAGGAAGAGAUAGAAAUGAAGAAUCCUCAUCUUAAUACCAAUUUAGAUCAUUUUACAUCAUGGUUGAAGUUUCUACAAGGUUUAGGAGAAUGCCAAGAUGAACAGUUUUCUGAUAAAUCUGGUCACAUUACCACUGCAAAAGGUGAGAAGUUUGAACCGCCACCAGUUUUAAUAGCCUUAACUAACAAUGAUAAG